UUGUUUAUCAAUUCUGUUUACAGAUGAUUCAAAUUUUAUAACGUGUUUUCAGUAGUUUUGACGCGGUAGUCGCGAGAUUAAUUAAUUUUAGUAUAGUUUUAAUCAGAUCAAAUUAUGGAGGAUCAUUGGAUAAAAUCGCUGAGAACGGAACUCGUAAACACGGAUACGUCGACGCUCAAAGAAUUGCUACUGUCUAAGGUGGAAAUACUAGAUGAAAUUAAAAAAGACCAAAAUCAACGAUUCAAUGAGGAUGAAACUAAGAUUAAGGAAUUAACAUCAAACUUAGCUGCUAUGAAAGAGACACUGCAUACGGAAAUUCAAACUCUGGAGAGCAAGAAUAACAAAUUAUUAGAAGAGAAUAAUUAUUUAAAGCAAGAGCUGGAAGCAGAGAACAAGAAACUUUUACAAGAGAUCAAACAAUUGGAAGGAAAACAUGCUAACAUGAAGUCUGUUCAACCAAAUGUGCGAGAUCAACAAUUGCUGGAGCAAGGAAAGAAAAAGUUGAAAUUGUAUAAGGACUUAACAGGGAUACACUGGGAUUAUGAAGCUAUAAAGCACAAUAUUCAAGGCUAUAUCUCAAACAGACGCGACUACAUUCAUCACUUCUGUUAUGAUACUCAAGAGAUUGAUAAAAAGUUAAUCGACUCACUGUGGCAUGAAAUAUAUUUGUCUACGAGCGAAGCUAAAGUCAGAGAUGAGAAUCUUCCACCAAAUUAGUACAAAUAUUACACCUAAACGAGAUUAUGUAAUUUUG